GCAAGCCAGUUGCUUUAGCACAGAAUAUAGCAUGUACUGAUGUGUCGUUGCGUGGUGUUACGAUUCGUUUCUACUACUUUACAUUCACUCUUCCCGCAUUAUUUUAACCAUAUUAAAGGUGUCAUAUAUUUUCUGUUCUGACUAACGACAGCGUCGUUUUAUAUGCAGUGAAGAUUUUGCUUAGGCCAAAAUAAAGAAACAUGUUCAAUCAAAGCGGUGGAUUACGAACCAGCACAACAAACACCUCGAAUCCAAUGCAAGAUUUUGAGGUUGUCUCCCCUCCUGAUGAUUCUGUGUCGAGUCUCGCGUUCAGUCCUGCCUCUAUUCCACAAAAUUUUUUGGUAGCCGGUUCAUGGGAUUGCAAUGUCCGUUGCUGGGAAGUCGAGCAAUCCGGUAAGACGGUUCCUAAAUCAAUGCAAUCCAUGUCCGAACCGAUACUCGACGUUUGUUGGAGCGACGAUGGAACUAAAGUAUUCAUGGCAUCUUGCGAUAAGACUGCUAAAUGUUGGGACCUGGUAUCGAACCAGAGUAUACAAGUUGCUGCACACGAUGCACCCAUCAAAGAUUGUCAUUGGAUCAAAGCUAGUACAUACUCGUGCCUUAUGACAGGUUCCUGGGAUAAAACAUUAAGAUUUUGGGACUUGAGAAGUCCAAAACCAGCUAUGACUCUCAACCUGAUUGAAAGAUGUUAUUGUGCUGACGUUGAUUAUCCGAUGGCGGUAGUAGGAACCGCAGGACGUGGACUAAUUGUGUAUCAUUUGGAAGGCACUCCGAGAGAAUUCAAACCAGUAGAGUUAAAUCUCAAAUAUCAAUAUAGAUGCGUCGCAAUUUUUAGAGAUAAGAAGAAAGUUCCCACUGGUUUUGCAAUAGGCAGUACAGAAGGACGUGUUGCAAUACACCAUUUGAAUUUAAGCGCAAAAGAGAACUUCACUUUCAAGUGUCACAGAGUGAACGGAACACCCAAUGGUUAUCAAGAUAUUUAUGCGGUUAACGACAUUGCAUUUCAUCCAGUUCACGGCACUGUUGCCACUGUUGGAGCUGACGGUACUUUUGGCUUUUGGGACAAAGAUUCGCGGACGAAAUUGAAAUCCUCAGAUCCUAUGGAACAGCCUAUUACCAGAUGUUGCUUCAAUCACAAUGGUCAAAUAUUUGCGUACGCUGUAUCCUACGAUUGGUCCAAGGGUCACGAGUAUUAUAAUCCAGCGAAGAAAAACUCCAUAUUCCUUAGACCGUGUUUCGAAGAACUAAAACCUAAAGCUACACCAUAAGACAACGGGAGCGUUUUCUAAUUUAGCUAAGAAGUUUGUUUAAAUUCUGUGAUGUGUUUGAAGAUACAAGUUUUUUAAUAAUUAUACUUACAAUAAUAUACUGUUCACACUGAUAAA